GCAUCACUUACGUUACUUGAAGGAUGGACGUUACCUUAUACAGUGUGGCUGAACUCAAAUCAAAUUUAAAACUCUUGAGUUGACCGCUUCUGUAAAAUCUUACGAAUUGUCGAGGUGACGCAUCAAUCGUUUUACGACACUUUGACCUUCAAGUGCUCAUCACGUCCUUCAUUUGAUGAAACCACUCGACAUGAUAUCUAUGAAAAGGACGGCACGUGAUGAGGUAGACUGUAAAUCUAGGACUCGUAGACAUUCAAAUAAAUCAAAGUCAACUGAUUGUCCUUCCACAAAGGCGUCAGGAAUUAAUAUCGGUUUAGACAAGUCAAAUCAAACGUGUAGCGUUAAGAAGGAAUAUUCCAAGAAUGAAAAGCUUGGUCGUAAAUCAAAAAAGAGGAUCUUACAAAAAUCUAUUUCUGAGACCAAAGAGCUAACACAUGGGACACCAAAGUUGUUGCUUACCAGUCUACCAUGCAGUGUCAGCCAAACCAUUUUGAAGGAUAUUUUUCCAUCAGUUAUUCAUUUGAAUUUGCGUAAUACAGCUGGUUCGAAGCACGCGCUUUUAGACUUUUCAAGUAAUGACGAUUACUUAGAUGCUGUGAAUCGUUUAAAAUCAAUUGAAUUUGAUGGUGUCAAACCAAAUUAUCGAGCCAUCGUUGGAUACACAGAAAAUGUAAUCCAGUCAAGAAAAUUUGUAACUAAUAGUCCUAAUUGUUUAAUCAUACGAAACUUGCCAUACUCACUAACUGCAACUGAGAUUAAAGAACAUUUCCCCAUGGCCAAUCGUGUUCAUUUAGGUGUAAAUAAGUUUGGAAUAUUCAAUGGUUCAUGUAUAUUAGAAAUGAAGAAUAAGGAAGAUCUUCAAAUUGUUAUAAAUGAAUGUAAACAUAAGUAUAUUAAUAAUCGAUUGGUUAGAGCAAAUCUACAAUGUAAAUCCAAAUCGGAAUCGUCCAAAUCUCCCGAUGCAAGUAUGAGUUAUGGUUUGAAACUUAAAGAAGUACCCAAUGUGAUUGAAGAUGAUCGAAUUAAAGCAUUAUUUCCCGAAACAUCUUUAACUGGUUUAAGCUCGGCACCACUUAAAGAUUCCAAUACUAGAAAUGUGUUCAUCUUCUUCAAAAAGAGUGCUCAGCGUAAAGCGGCUUUUAAGAUGUUCAAGAAUGAAGUUAUCAUGGGUUAUCCAAUUUCCUGUCGAUUAUGGGUUCCUACUAAUCGAAGGCAUAAAUCACAAACAAAGAAUAUAGAGGAGAAAGUGAACGAUACAGUUCUAAAUUAUAACUUACCCAAGUCAAAUGAACUCGGUCAGAAUGAAAUAAAAUGGAAUAUGGGAAAAUGUAGGAAUAUGUCUUCAUCCUUUCCCAAGAAGUUAGUAUUUGAAUCUGGAAUGUAUAUCAAUGCUCUGCUCUUUGAAGUACCAUAUUCCCUUUCCAAUUAAUGCUUUAUAAAGCUUUGGACACGAAUUGAUAUUGUUUGCAACCACAACCCGAGAUGAAAUCGGACCCAAGACUUCUGCACAUGGUGACCGGUGCGAUACCUUCAAACUAAUUAAAUAAAAAUCUAGUAUAUCUCACUUUCCGUUUUUAUUAAAUGGUCAUUUGGUGUGAUAGUCAUUCACCGGUUAGUAACUGUUCUGCUCGUGAAAUAAUUGUCACCUCGUUAAAAACUAUGGGAUUUGAUCCGUGCAUACUGUUUAAGUAUUGGAUUUGUGUAAGUUUGUGCACUACGAAUAACCUCUACAAAGUGUUACUUUUGUUGAGUGUUAUUUCGUUCUUCAUAAUUCUAUGGUUGAUAUCCGCUUAUGAUGACAAAUGUCUUAAUAUUAUUGUUUUUAAUUUCAGAUGGUGAAUAAACAGUAGAGACAGGAUUUUUUCCAACACCUGUUUUACGGACGAUUAUAGUAGCGAUACACUGAGGAAAUUAUACUAGUUAGAGUAAAGAACAACCUGAUUAUUUGUACAAAGUCACUUUGAUUUAACAAAGAUAAUUUUGAAAACCUUACGUAUUUACUUUGACUUACCAAAGUAUUUUCAUCAUCCUCAUUAAUGUUAGCUAACAGAAGUUCCGUCAUCCUAGAAUACUUUUUUCCUUAUCUACAUCUUAGUUUCGUGUGUUGCACAAUUGUACUAAGUAUAUUUAACCCUCACUUGGCUCACUGACGAGUAUCUGUCAUUUGUGAAUGCACGUAUUGGUCAGAAUGCAUGGCCACCAAACGAUUUACAAGAUGCAAUGCUUAUGGAGAAGCUAAAAUGCAAGGUUUCAAUCUGCAUUCUAGUGAGAGCUGAUAACUCAGUGUGUUAUUGCUAGUACUUUUAUAGGGGGUUCAUUUGUGGAAAAUGUGUAACCUUUUACUGAUACGUUUAGGUGCUGAUUUCGUAAUAACCAGA